UCAAUCAUUCCAGUUUUUUUCUCCAAGUCUUGCUUUCUUCCACUCUCUUAUUUCGUCUCCUCCAUCCUCUUCUAGUUUUUCUCCAAGUAUUUGUCUCCUAUUUCUCCAAGAGCACCUUUGAGCUGUUUCUCAUCUAAAGUGAAUUUAUGGAGUCUGGACCAGUUAAUUUGAAUGAGUUUGAAGAGCUUGCCAGGAAAAUUCUUCUGAAGAUGAAUUAUGAUUUCUUCAGCGGAGGAGCUGAGGAUCGAUAUACUCUGAGAGAAAAUAUCAAAGCUUUUCAAAGAAUUUUGUUUCGACCAAGGGUCCUAAUAGAUGUGAGCAAGAUUGAUAUGUCGACAAGCUUAUUAGGAUUUAAAAUGGCAGCGCCUAUCAUGGUUGCUCCUACUGGCUUGCUCAAGUUGGCAAACCGUGAAGGGGAAGUGGCGGUUGCAAGAGCAGCGGCGGCGUGCAAUACUAUUAUGGUUUUAUCCUUUUCAUCCAACAGUACUAUUGAGGAGGUUGCUUCCAGCUGUGAUGCGGUCCGGUUUUUUCAACUAUAUAUUUACAAACAACGGGAUGUUUGCAUAACCUUGGUGAAGCGAGCUGAGAGCAAUGGGUUCAAAGCCAUUGUUUUAACAGUUGACACACCCAGGCUUGGUCGAAGGGAAGCUGACAUAAAAAACAAGUUUGUGAUACCAAAAUUUGCAAACCUUGAAGGCCUACUGUCAGUGAAUGUUAAAUCAGAAGGUGGUUCUGAUCUUGAAGCCUUUUCUUCUGCAACUCUAGAUGAUUCUGUAUCUUGGAAGGACAUCGAAUGGCUGAGAUCGAUUACAAAGUUGCCAAUUCUACUCAAGGGUAUCCUCACUGCAGAAGAUGCUAGAAAGGCAGUUGAAGCAAGAGUAGCAGGCAUUAUUGUAUCCAAUCACGGUGCUCGUCAGCUCGAUUAUGCUCCAGCGUCAAUAUCAGCUCUUGAAGAGGUCGUUAGAGCUGUCUCUGGAGCGGUUCCUAUCAUAUUAGACGGAGGAAUUCGCCGGGGAACUGAUGUUUUCAAGGCAUUGGCGCUCGGUGCAAAUGCUGUUAUGAUUGGCCGGCCGAUAAUAUACGGUCUAGCUGCUAAGGGAGAGAACGGUGUUAGACAAGUCAUCGAAAUGCUUCAGAAUGAGUUGGAGCUGACCAUGACCCUCAAUGGUUGUCCUGGUUUGAAGGAUAUCACCAGAAACCAUGUACAAACAGAGCAUGACAGGCUGAGAUCCAUGCUCUGAUUAAUUCUUAAUUCUCAUCAUAUUCAGUAAUUAAGACCCAAGAAAAUAGUUUCAUGAGACAUUAGUACUUCAAUGUGGUUGCUUGAUGUUGUAUCAUUAUCAUUUGAAAAAUAAAUUCCACAUGGAACUGUGAUUUGGGAACUCUUGCUAUAAUAAAAAAAAAUUAUUGAAGCUUUUGUAUUUUUCUUCAUCAA